AUGUUUCAGUUUUUCCGAAAAGCUAAGAAGAAAGGUAUAAAUGUAGAACCAUUUACUAUAACUGUAAAAGGGGAAUCGUCCAGUGAGGCGAGCAGCAAACGGGUAAAAGGAGGGGGGAAAAAGGCAGACAAGGAAAAGAAGACUGAUAGGGAAAAGAAGACUGAUAAGGAAAAGAAGACUGAUAGGGAAAAGAAGACCGAUAGGGAAAAGAAGACCGAUAGGGAAAAAAAAACUGAAGGGGGAAAAAAAACAGAUAAAGAAAAAAAUGCGCAAAGCGCGGAGGAGCUAACCCUUUUGUGCAUAAAAACCUCUCGAAUGUGGAAAGAAUCCAUUAAAGAAAUGGAAAACAUGUAUAAAGAGAAUACCAAAAAUAUGGACGCCAAGUGGAGUUCCAACAUAUGGAAUACCGUUUGGGCCGUAUAUGUAGAAAAUGUACAUAACAUUAUUGGCUCCAAAUUGAAUAUGCCUGAUUUUCCUCUGAGGGAUAAAGAAAAGAUUAUAGAGACUUGGCUCAACUGGACCAAAACAGAUUUUCACGUUUUUUUAAAUCAAGUCCAGGCAAGAUGGAAUAAAAAAAUCAAAAGUCGUCGCAAAAAAUCUUGA